AUCAGGCAGUCAGACGUUAGUGUGUAGACAGCCGCGGUGAGAAACGCACGCCAGCGCCGCCUGUCGGCCGCAUAGAAAACUAAACAUGAAAUUCGAAAUUAAAGUGUACAUAACAUUGUGACAGCCUAGUGAUAGUGUGGUGUGAUUUUUUUCUUUUUAAGUGAUUUUUUUUAUUGUAUAAAAAUAUAUGAAUUUUUGAUGUGCGUUUGGCAGUGCCGCAUAGAGCCCACAGAACCUCCUAAACACAGAUAAAAAUACUUCACAUAUCAUCGUGUUUUUGCGUCCUGGAUACUAGAAUUUUGUAAUCCGCAACCCGGCGCGGGUUGGCAGUAAAACGGCGGUCAACGCCACGAUAGAUACGAUUCCCUCACCGCGAGAUGCCGCCGCCGGGGAUAUUUAGCGAGCUAGAAGACGACUACAUAGAGGUGAUGUCGAGGAGAGGACAGAGUCGGUCGCCAUAGCCCAUACUAACUGUUCUGUACACGAGACCAGAGGGGAGGAUUUGUCGCCAGAGAUAAAAUAUAUCGUUUCCACAAUGUGGAUCCAUCGGGUGCCAAGUAAUAAAAUGAAUCUCCUAAACAUGGACGCGGAGAACCGCGUGGUCCUCAACGUGGGAGGGAUUCGCCACGAGACGUACAAGGCAACGCUGAAGAAGAUUCCGGCGACGCGGCUGUCGCGCCUGACGGAGGCGCUCGCCAACUACGACCCCGUGCUCAACGAGUACUUCUUCGAUAGGCAUCCUGGGGUCUUCGCGCAGGUUCUGAACUAUUACAGGACCGGCAAGCUCCACUACCCUACGGACGUGUGCGGGCCGCUUUUCGAGGAGGAGCUGGAGUUCUGGGGGCUGGACGCCAACCAGGUGGAACCCUGCUGCUGGAUGACAUACACCCAGCAUCGAGACACCCAAGAAACUCUAGCCGUCCUCGACCGGCUGGACCUCGACACGGAGAAGCCGACUGAUGAGGAGGUGGCUCGCAAGUUCGGCUUCGAGGAAGACUACAUGAAGGGCACGGUGUCGUGGUGGCAGCACCUCAAGCCGCAGAUGUGGUCGCUCUUUGAUGAGCCCUACAGUUCCAAUGCUGCGAAGAUCAUCGGCGUCAUAUCAGUGUUCUUCAUAUGCGUAUCAAUAAUAUCGUUCUGUCUAAAAACUCACCCGGACAUGAGAGUGCCAGUGAUUAGAAACUAUACAGUGACGACAGCCAACCAAUCGCAAGGCUGGGCGUUGGACAAAGUGCAAACAAACGCCCAUAUAGCCUUCUUCUAUAUAGAAUGUGUGUGCAACGCGUGGUUUACAUUAGAAAUCCUCGUUCGUUUCAUCUCGUCACCCAACAAGUGUGAAUUCGUCAAAUCUUCCGUCAAUAUCAUCGAUUAUAUCGCCACAAUGAGCUUCUACAUCGACCUCAUCCUGCAGAAGUACGCGUCUCACGUCGAGAACGCGGACAUCUUGGAGUUCUUCUCCAUCAUCAGGAUCAUGAGGCUGUUCAAACUCACGAGACACUCCUCGGGUCUCAAGAUUUUGAUUCAGACCUUCAGGGCGUCGGCGAAGGAGCUGACUCUUCUAGUGUUCUUCCUUGUACUGGGUAUUGUGAUAUUCGCGAGCCUGGUGUACUACGCGGAGAGGAUACAGACGAAUCCUCACAACGACUUCAACAGCAUACCUCUGGGGCUGUGGUGGGCGCUGGUCACGAUGACCACUGUUGGGUAUGGUGAUAUGGCGCCGAAGACCUAUGUUGGCAUGUUUGUCGGUGCGCUCUGCGCGUUGGCAGGCGUGCUAACGAUAGCUCUUCCGGUGCCCGUCAUAGUAUCCAACUUCGCCAUGUACUACUCGCACACACAAGCGAGAGCUAAACUACCCAAGAAGAGGCGAAGAGUCAUCAACGUUGAGCCUACUAGGCCACCCAUGCGUGCCCCAGUACCAGGUGCUCCUAACCCCCUAGCACCAGGCAUGGGUCCUCAGGUAGUGAACCGCAGAAUGAAUGCCAUCAAAACGAACCAUCCUAAAGACAUGAUAGGCCCUAACAUGGUUGCAACUUUGAUGCCGGGAAUGGACCUAUCGGUCACGACUCGCCUCUCACCCAGCCCCCAAGGGAUGAGCCCUGCGCUCGCCAUCGCCAUACCAAUGAUGAAAUCCGUGAACAUAGUACCCGCACAAUGUUUCGACAAUAUGGCCUAUCAUAGCGAAAAAUCUGAAGAUCAGGAGAAUGAUAAUAACAAGGAACACAGUAAAUCGUGCAGCCGCCAGGAAUCUGUUGAGAGUGACAACACCGUCAGAGUUAUGAACUUCAAGAAUGAUAUAUUCAGAGACAAAGGUAAUGAAGAGAGGACGGAUGCUCGUACGCCACUGUUGAGGGAUCAUAAGAUUGAGUCAUUGGAUGAAACGAAAUUAAGGGACAAUAAGACGGAGAAAAGGAAAUCGUCUGCUUCGACAUAACAUUAUUGAUAUAUAUUGACCAAUAGUGCUAAGAAUGUUUUUAAAAGUCGCUUGCUAUAAAGAAUAAAAGAUAAAAGAAAUUCAUUCUUUUAGUAAGGAAUGUAUAAGAGAAUGAACCAAGAAGGAAAGAUUUGUCAGUGUCAUCAUCCGGAAGCGAAAAACCAGAAAAAUUAAGGAUAGAAAAUGGCAAGCCCAAAAGAAUAAUGAUAUUACAAAAGUAUUCGAAUUGGAAGACUUAAAAUACGAUUAAAAUAGACAAACUAGUCGGUGUCAGUUUAUAAUAGUUGCAUAAAAGCCUUUUUUGAAAGCAGUUACGAUUCUAUAUAAAAUUGAUAUGAAUAAUCAUGAUAUAGUCUUUUAUUCGUAAGUGCAUUCAGGGCCGUGAUAGACGUAAGAUAGCUAAGUGUUUACAGCACUUAUUAACAUUUUAUAACACAUACGUAUUUAGAAUAGCUGCUAUCACAAUCUAGUAAAAAAUAAUUUGUAAGCCAACGACCAGUAUAGACAGGCCCAUUUUAUCUUUCUCCUACAUAAGCAAAGUGUUGACCUCGAGCCUCUAGUUAUACUGGUCGCGUAGUCAUCGUUAAUGAC